CAAGUUGAGACAUGAGAAAGAGAGAGAGAGAGAAAGAGAGUAAAGACGGGAAAGAUUCUUUGAGUUGAAGUUGUAUUGCAUUGCCUAUUUGGGAAGGAAGAUGAAUGAGUGAAGCCUGGGGAGAGAAUCGCAGUCAGCCUCAGGCAUUCCAAAGUACUCCGUACUCCGUACGCCGUAUAGAAGAACAAUCAAUCAGUCAAUCAAUGCUUCCUCUUCUCUUUCCCUCAUCCUCCUUCCGUCACCAUGCAGUCAGUGGUCUCGAUCCAUCCUUCCUCGUUCUUCCCCUUCAUCCGGUCCAAAUGCAGGGUGUAAUGACCUCACCUGGGUUCAUUAUCAUCAUCACCUCCAUGUCUGCCCUGAUGCUACGGGCUACGGGCUACGGGCUACAGGCUACAGGCUACAGGAUACAGGCUACUCAGUGAUGAUGGUUCCUCGAAAGAACAUGGCAGGGUUUUCCGCCUCCAAGAAGUGAUCCUAUGGCUUCACUACUUGGACCGCAGAUCUCACCUCAUUA